AUAAAAAAGGAAUAUUGGAUAUAUUUACCUUCUUCGUUUCCGCUGUUGUUGUAACUGUGCCACAACACUACUGAGUCGCCCUUCCGCAUCUUCUUGUAGGACAUCCCAACUUCGUUUAUAUUCUUCUUCCCAAGCAUAUCCACCUUUGCCUCUUUCUUCAUCUUGAUUAGUGUCUAGGGUAUCAUCAAUAUCAAUAUAUUCAUCAUCCAUUGGUCUUCGUGACAUGAUAGAAAGAAGAGAAAGGGAAAAGAAAACAAAAAAAAAAUUCAUGUGUUGCUGACUGUAAGCAAGCAAAAAAAAAAAACAUGGUCGGAAAAUGAAAACAUAACGUACCUCCAUAUAGAUCCAAAAUGCCACGUAUUUUUUUUUUCUUUCUUUUCCUUAUUUAAACUUGUAUAUGUAUAUAAAUACAUUUCUUUUCUUAUAUAAAAUGGUCCCUAUUUUAGUUUAUUUUUGUCUCUUUUCAAUAAUACACUUAUGAACUUAAAUUUGAAAUUCGCUUCCAAUGCGCCAUUACCUCCUACUGUCAAGUUUUUUCCUCACUUGGAUCGCGUCGUUACAGUUGAACACUGUUACUAUUACCUUUCUUUCUUGGAACGUUUUUGGACAUUUAUGGAUACAAUGACUCUUUAUGAACAACGUCAUUAUCUUGCUCGAGCUGAAGUACGAUAUGAAAAAUGGCUUCAUAACUUUAACGAAGGUAUUCGUGUCCCUCCUUUAGACGUUGCUUUUUUAUGGCAUAUUCAUGCCUUGUCACCGCUUCGUUACUAUGAAGAUUUGGUUUUACGUUUAAGGUGCAAUGCUGUAUUUGAUGAAAUUUUCCCUUUGGAUAAUUUGCAUCAUACUGCCAAUGAUCCACAUAUGAACGAUUUGAAUAUUUGGAAUCAAGUGUUUGGAGAGGAUGAACCUUAUUUUCUAAGCCCAGAAAAUAUGUAUGAUGGAACAUACUCUCGGCCUUGUUAUGCUUGUCAACAGGAAAUUGUACUACCUUGGUCUGCUUAUUUUGAAUAUCGUUAUGGUGUGAACACAACUCGUUUCCCUCAUGAUGGAUGUGGACCAGCAGAAGGUAUCAAUUUUCUAGAUGUAGCAAGAAUGAAAUUAGAAUCUGAUUUGACAAACAAAUGUCCUGGUCCAAUUGUAGCUGGAACAUUACUUAAACCAAAUGGAACUAUAAGAAAGAAACCUAACAAAAUGGUGACCAAGAUCAAACCUCUUCAAAUCAUUUUGCCUCAGGAGGAAAUGGAUUAUGCUUAUGAACGUCAAAUUCAGGAACAGCUCAAAUUUUUUGGAAAGAAAUAUGAAUAUGAUGCUAAUGAGCUUCUUUAUGCGAUUAGAACAAGUUAUCAAAGCAAUCCAACACCUUUCUCCAUUGAUUUGAUUCACGCAGUAAGUCGUCAAAGACGAUUUUAUGAUACUAUUAUCAGUAUGGAUUGGUCGUCAGAAUCUGAUAUUCUUAUCGCCUCUAUUCGACAUUAUCAUAACUUUAUGGCUACUUUGAAACAUCAAUCCAAUUUGCAUGCUGUACCCACUGUGGAAAUAGAUAUUGCCUUUCAUGUACAUAUGUUAUGUGGCCCUCAAUAUCGAAAGUUUACACUCAAACACUUGCAUCAAGUGAUCAAUCAUGAUGAUAAUAUACCCGAGAAUUAUAUCAAAGAAUAUACAGCUAGAUGGAAACGUGGCAUUGUGGCUCCUCCUUAUAUUUACAUGGUAAAAGAAACGAAAAAAGAAAGCAGACAUGUUUAUUGAAUCUUUUUUUUUUCUUGCUUUAGGAAACACAGAAAACUGAUGAAUUUAUUCAAGGCAAAAUCAAAUUAGAGUGGGAUAUCUUUGGAUCAGAUUAUUAUCCUGGUAUGGUUCAAAUAAAGAAUGGAGAAAAUUCAAGUAAUGUACGCCAAACUUUAAAUUUGGAAUCUAGACAGGAUCGACAAUUACAGGCAA